UUGCAAAUCUUCUUGACAUCCGCAACUCGAUCGGCAACAUGGAACAAUUCAACAUCUACCGCGCCAAGAUCACCGCUCGCUUGGAGCGCUACGAGCAAUUGAAGGAACUAGAAAAGCAAACGGGCGUGGACAAGUUCUUCAUCGUCGCCAUCCUCGCGGCGAUUGCAGGUGUGUUGUUGUUUGUCGUCGGCGGCGCGCACUUGAUCUCCAACUUGGUCGGAUUUAUCUACCCUGCGUACAUGUCGUUCAAGGCGUUGAACACGGACACGGCCGGCGACGACACGCAAUGGUUGACGUACUGGGUCGUGUACUCGGCGUUCAACUUGACGGAACAAAUCACGGACACGUUGUUGUUCUGGGUGCCGAUGUACUUUUUCAUCAAGAUUGCGUUCCUCGUGUGGUGCUACCACCCGUCCACGUUGGGCGCCACCACCAUCUACGAAAGCCUGAUCAAGCCCAACCUUGCUGGCCACGUGAACCAAAUCGACGGCGUGUUGAAGCAAGCGUCGGAUGCCGCCAAGAAGGCGUCGAACUUGGCCAAGGAAGCGACCAAGACGGCCGCCGGCAAAUUGAACUAGGCUAGACGAGAAAGACACAUUGCACCACCCUUGCCAUUGUAUUUACCAACCCUGCUGCUGGGUUUGUAACCGGGGUCUGACCCUGUAAUAUGAACCAUGCCGCUCGCCUCUUUAACCA